AUGGCAAGAAUAUGGAUUCUUUUGCUUGGGGGCCUGGUGGCUCUGUGUGGAGGGCAUGGAGUAUUUAUGGAUAAACUUUCUUCUAAGAAGUUGUGUGCAGAUGAGGAGUGUGUCUAUACUAUUUCUCUGGCUAAAGCACAGGAAGAUUACAAUGCCCCCGACUGUAGGUUCAUCAAUAUCAAGAAAGGGCAGCAGAUCUAUGUUUAUUCCAAGCUGGUAAAAGAAAAUGGAGCUGGAGAGUUUUGGGCUGGCAGUGUUUACAGUGACCACCAGGAUGAGAUGGGAAUUGUGGGUUAUUUCCCCAGCAACUUAGUUAAAGAGCAACGUGUCUACCAGGAGGCCACCAAGGAAGUCCCAACCACGGAGAUUGACUUCUUCUGUGAAUAAGAAAUUAGCUAACACUGCAGAUAAAAUGGAAACACCAAUGAUGAAAACAAGAAAUGGAAAUAACCAAGCUGGUGUAUCUGUGCCUUUCCGGCUUUGCCUGAUGGCAGGAGUACAGAUCUAGAAGGAGGCAAUCUAUGGGAACUGUCAACUCGGCCUGGUUUGCUUGCCCCGUCUUCCCAAGGGGUGGCCACAGGGUACUGUUUGAAUCACAUCAGUCAUUUAUAACUAGAGAGUUUUCAGUGAAGAGAAUCUUCAAUCACUCAGUGGUGCACAUACAAGGUGUCGUUAGUUUUAAAUGGUCAUUCUUCCCAGCUCUGGCUUCAGGCUCAUAAGCUCCAUGAGUUGUACAUCUGAUUUUUGAAUGUGUUUUCUGUUAUUUGUCUCUCUGGGCAUCUAAAGUCUUAAUACUGUACUUGUCAGGGUAUUCUAGUAUUGUUACUUCUUAUAUUUGAUACCCUUGGAUGUGAGAAUGCUAAGUAUAAAAGAACCUUUGGACUCGUAAAUAUUUAAACUAUGUCUCUGGAUUUUUA